AUGACACUUAUGCCCCCAAUGGACGACUCAACUAUACAGCGACGACUUCUUCACAUUGAACAGAAUUUCCUGGACGCCGUUGCAACGGGUCCUCAGUCGCUCAAAUCUUUCUACGAGUCUUGGGCCUCAUUGGGUCAUGAUAUCGAGUACGCCACUCGCAGCCAUGGCUUGGGAAGUGACACAGACUCUCUGGUAAAGGUCGUCUCUGCUAGAAUUGGGUCCCUUGCGGAAGGUUUUCUUAAUACACAUCUACACAUCGACUCGCUCAGCGAUGAUCUAAUGAGCGAGCUAGGCGAUACACUCACGCGAUUUGGUUUUUCUGAAGACCCCUCGAUCUCAAUAUUAUCCGAACAUCGGUACCACCCAGAUAAAAUGCAGUCAUUCACUGGAUUUUCAACUCCUCCAUCCUCGUCUACUUCAGCAUAUAGCUGGCUCUUGGAUAACCUUCAUAACCCCUACCCUUCACCUGAUAUCAAAGCACAACUUGCACAAGCACAUGGUCUAUCCCCCAAAGCUAUCGGUACUUGGUUCAAGCAAGUCAGGCAGGAGAUCGGCUGGUCGACACUCUCCAGCGAGAUCUUUUCCGGCUCUCGCUCCAAGACAACGCGCGCCGCGAGUCUUGCCUACAUCUCUCGAGAUCCUGAUCUCCCGGAGAACGUUAAGCACGCCUUUCGCGUCGUCAGAGACAAGUUAGAGCGCCUCCCGGUCUCGAGCCGUACACCAGGCAAGGAUGCCGGAUUAGCGGAUGCAGAAACGUUGCAGAAGCUGGAGAAUAUGCGAAAUCAAGUCGUCGAUGGGACAUCCGUACGUGAAGAAAUCGAUCGGGAAAUUGAACAAUUGCGUGGAAAGGGCAAGGAGGCGGAGCCGUCUCCGUCGUCUCCUUUGCCUCUCCCAGAGGCGUCGCUAUCCAUCCCAGCAUCCCCAUUCACACCAGAUAAUUCUGACGAAGAAGAGGACACCACACCUCCCCCUCCAGUGGCCGGUUGUAAGCGUCGUCUCGACUGCGCCACCGAGACCCCCUCCGAUGGCCUCAAAUCUUUGAGUGACAGACCAGUCAAACGCUCAAGGACCGACAAAACAAAUCCUAUCUCAUCAUCGAAGUUGCCACAAACACGCUUAUCGCAUAAUUUGCCACCACCAAUCCAGGAGUCAACGCCUCUACCAUCCUCACCCACACCUACCCGCCACCUCCCCCAACCCAACGUCGUCGAAACCACCGAACUUCCUGUCUCUCCCGCCCCAUGCAUAUCGCGCAAGCGACGCCUAUCCGACGCAGACCUAUCCCGACCAGAGCCGAAACGACCUUGUGGAGUAAUCCAGGGACCCCGUGACCAUGCAGUGUCAGACCCUCUACCUGCAGGACUGGAAGGUGAUACCCUUGAAUCGCUAUUAUCUGAUGAAGAUUGGGCCGGGCUCUUCUCGACAAGUCGCCACACGCCCCCAGAUGUCGAACCGCAACCUCCCCAGAUCGUGUCCAUCGACGACCCCACAAUAUCGACGAAUGACCCAUAUAGUUCGUUAGCGUUGGUCCCACCCGUCCAAACCCCCACUUAUCCUACGGUGAAUCUAGACGACCCCAUAUUCUCCGUAUCAGAUGUACUGGCACUGCUUUCAGCGUCGAGUCCCGACGCCGCCACCGCCACCCACCCCACGACUUCCUCAGCCACUCUUCCGAACACCCCCGCGCUGGUAUCCGAAAGUCCUGAGGCGGCGACACCACAAGGCGCGAGUUCGGCCAUCGAUUGGGGCCAUUUCGACGAGAUCACCCUGGCGCAUUUUCCUGCCUGCGAGCCCAUCGCCCCGCAGGGCUCUGUGGCCCCCUGUUCUCAGGCUUCGACCGGAUACGCCCAGUCCAUGUCGUUGGUCGACGACAUGCUGCUGCCGUUCAUGUUCACCCCCGACAUGAACCCCCCACCCGACACGUUCGGACUCGAUAUAUACUCCGGUUUCGGAGACCAGUCACAGAUGUGGACUGGUCUAUGGGACCUUGACUGA